AUGCAAACCAUAAAGUGUGUUGUUGUCGGCGAUGGUGCCGUCGGUAAAACAUGUUUGUUGAUCUCAUAUACCACCAGCAAGUUCCCCGCUGACUAUGUUCCUACCGUGUUCGAUAACUAUGCCGUCACCGUCAUGAUUGGUGACGAGCCUUUCACCUUGGGCUUGUUUGAUACCGCCGGACAAGAAGAUUACGACAGAUUAAGACCCUUGUCCUAUCCCUCUACCGAUGUGUUCCUUGUUUGUUUCUCGGUGAUCGCCCCAGCAUCUUUUGAAAACGUCAAAGAAAAAUGGUUCCCAGAAGUCCACCACCAUUGUCCUGGUGUCCCAUGUUUAAUUGUCGGUACUCAAACCGAUUUAAGACACGACGAGGUUAUUUUACAAAGAUUGCAUAGACAAAAGUUGUCGCCAAUCACCAACGAACAAGGUGAAAAAUUGGCUAAGGAAUUGAGAGCCGUCAAGUACGUGGAAUGUUCUGCCUUGACCCAAAGAGGCUUGAAGACAGUGUUUGACGAGGCCAUUGUGGCUGCGUUAGAGCCACCUGUGAUCAAGAAGUCCAAGAAGUGUACCAUUUUGUAA